AUGGAAAGGUCACCCUCUCGUCUGUCCUUCUCCAACGACAAAGAGCAAGAGGUGAAGUCAGAGGCAUUCCAAUCCGACUCACGCACUCCAUCUGAGAGCUCUGUGAAAACCUCACCUUCAAGAGGCGACCUUGAACAUGAGCAGUAUUCCACAGAGAAAGACGACAGCUCUGGAAACACCUCUCCUCCCCUCAAAAUUGAGGUGGACGAUGAUAUCGCACAGAAGGAAGAGAGUGGAGAAGCAGAAGAGCAAGAGGAAGCAGGCAAGGAAAGCAUUGAGAAGGAAGAGCCACAGACACUGUCUCCUCCACUUUCUGCUGAGGUUAGCGAAGAUCAGGAAGAAGAGAAGGAGGCCAAAAGUGCAGAGCUUCUUGAUGACUUUGCACCAGUCCAUUUAAACACAGCCACUGAUGUUUCCAGUAGAGAUACAGCUAUUGGUGACACUCCUCCUAAGCCUGAGUCUGCUAUGCCAGUCUUUUCCACGCUCAAUGACAAAGCUGCGCCUGCCCCAGCUCAUGCCAGAGAUCACAUGGAUCUCAGUGAUACUAAAAUGCUUGAACCAGACUCACCACAGCUGCCAGGGAAGUCCAUACUCCCCUCAGCCCCUUCAUGGGCAGACACCCCACCCUCACCUAAAAAGGGGGACGAGGACAUUGAGCCUGGUAUCAGCUGUGCCAGUGCUGUGACCCCCUCCACUAAACCAGAGCCUAUUGCUCCUACAGCUCAGCCCAGGACCUAUGGACGAAAGCAUGCCCGAGGCAGGAGAAGAAUACCCUCAGGGUCAGGGGUGAGGCGUCAGCCGAGUUUGGAGACAGAGAAAGAAAGGGAUUGUAAAACUAAAGAAGAGAGCACUUCAGAGCCCUCUGCUCAAGAGGGCAGUAGUCAGCAGCGGCAUCGUCGAUAUCGGAAGCCAGAGGGUUUGGAGUCCAUGCCCCGGAGAGGAGGCCUGCGAAGAGUCACUCUCAGAGAGCGGUUCAGGAGGAUCCAGCAGUUGAAAGCCUCUGGGACCAGUGAGCAGGAGGAGAGAGAGGACCGGCUCCAGAGACUUCAGCAAGAGGCAGAGACCAAGGAGCACUGGGCUCACGAGAACUGUGCCAUCUGGACCAGGGGCGUGGUGAUGGUAGCAGGAAGACUGUUUGGACUCAAAGAGGCAGCCAAAAGUUCAGCUCAAAUGAGUUGCUACAAGUGCCAGACUGUGGGUGCAUCCCUCAGCUGCUGCUGGAGAGGCUGUUCUAACAAAUACCACUAUGUCUGUGCCAAAGAGAUAGGCUGCACAUUCCAUGAGGAUGACUUCUCCAUCAAAUGUCCAAAACAUGAGGACCUGUAA